AUGGGAACAGGAGAUUUGAACCUUCUCAAGUCGUGGAACCCACAUUUACUGAAGAACAAGAAGAAAGUUUGGGAAACAGAACAACAGCUACUAGACGAAAACAAAAAGUUCAAGGAGAGGCAACAAGAGAUAGAAAAUGAACGAGAACAAGAAGAGCUCACAUCGCUGACAAGGGACGGUAACGUACGAAAAAAGAAAUCCACUUUGGAUUGGAUGUACAACGAUGCAGCUUCGACGGACUACCAAAAUAGCGAUUUUUUAUUAGGCAAGAAACGUAUCGACCACAAUACAUUAACCGCCCCGGAGAAAACAACAGAAAAAGCGUCCGGAAACCGCAGGCGGUUCCACAACGACAACAAGGGCGUCGAUUCAAUAACAAAACAAGCAAAAUCUCCGACGGCAGGAAGCUUCUCAAGAGAUGACCCCUUAGCCGCUUUCCAAAAGGCACAAGUUAUGCGAAAGCAACAUAAAGCAGCUAAAGUGAAGAAGCCGCUACCGAAAAAACAAUCAGCAGGUAAGGCACAGUCACAGGCAAUGAAAUCCCAUUCUCUAGAAAAAGGCAACACAAGCUACGACAUGGAUUACUAG